GCACUCGCGCCAGGAAAUAUUCCCAAGCAAUGACGUCUUCGACUCGCAUACCGAGCGGUAUAAAAGGAGCGUCGAGGCGCAGAAACAGCAAGACGCCCUCCCGUCCUCAAACCAAGCCAUGAAGUUCCUGUGCAUCGCUUUGGCGCUCUGCGCCGUGGCUUCGGCCAGCCCCAUCGUUGUCGACAGUCAGGUGGGUGACCUGCCUCUGAGCGUGAGCCAGGACGCCAUCAAAGCCGUUGGUGAGGCCUCCGAGGCCGCCGCCCGCGCCGCCGAGGCUAGCAUUGCCACCGGCCUGAAGGCCUUCGAGGAGGCCUCCAACCUCGCCACUGCCGCCGCCGAGACUGGUCUUGCCAGCGGCCUCAACGCCAUUCGUAAGGCCUCCAGCCUUGGCUCCAACGGUGUCGCCGCCGCUCAGGGCCUCUUGGGCAACGGCCUGCGCCUUGCCGGCAACUUCGCCCCCUCUUCCGGCUUCCUCUCCGGCGUCGCUACCCCCGCUUUCCUCAGGAGGCAGACCCGCGAUGUGACCCUGAACGUGGACGUUGACACCGACAACGCUGACGCCGUCGACGCCGACGCUGCCGUCAACGCCCUCGCCACUGGACUUCAGGCUGUGGAGAACGCCAAGGACGUCGCUGAGGCUUCCAUCGUCGCCGCUCAGGAGGCCGCCGCCGACGCCGCCAAUGUCGCUCAGGAGGCUGUCAUCGCCACCGGCCUCAAGGCCACCGAGGAGGCCUCCGACGCCGCCGCCCUCGCCGCCGAGGCUGUCAUCGCCAAAGGCCUGAAGAUCGCCCAGGAGGUCGUCAGGGCCGGCGAAGAACUCGCCGAAGCCGGCAUCACCAACGGCUUCAAGGCCGCCGACGCCGCCGCCAAGGCCGCCCAGACCGGCAUCGCCACCGGCCUGAGGGCUGUCCAGCAGGGCACCAACGUCGCCUCCCUCGCCGCCCAGACCGGUCUGGAGACCGGCCUCAACGCCUUCAGGCAGGCCGCCAACGUCGCCGGCAACGCUGGACUGUCAUUGAGAAUGUGUAAGGAAUGUGCAGAGAAUGUUUAA